ACGGCUUCCUUAUGCUAUCACAGUUGUUUCAAAACUACAUCAAAACACGCACGUUUGCAAUAAUUAUUGAUUUAAUAAAAAAAAUAUAUAAUUUUUUUUAAUUAAACCGCGAUUUAAUAUCGAAAUAAUUAACUUUUGAAGUUGUCAAAUUGAAUGCGCCUGAUACUUCGCGUUUUUGUAAAAAAGUUAAAACAAAGGCUUUGUUUGUGCUAUCCUUCCUUGUGUUUUGGAUACUGAUUGAUAAAUAAGUUAUCAUGCCGUCUGAAGUGAUAGCUGACAAGUCCCUGCAGCGGGAGCUGGCUGAUUCCAUCAUCCGUAUGGUACCGCUGGAUGAGAUACGCAUCUUGCUGGCCUGCGGAGCCAAGGUAAACGAGCCAGUCACACAAGGUCUACGUCCACUGCACUAUGCGAUCUGGCAGAGGAAUUUGGAAGCCACACGACUUCUACUCGUUAGAGGUUGCGAUAUCAACGCUACAGAUGAUUGCGGUUACAGCGCCUUGCAUUUGUCUGCUGAACAUGGCUACAAGGAGCUUGUGAAACUACUCUUGGAGAGUGGUGCCGCCGUCGACUACCGACCAGACUCUGGUGAAGAGUUCCCUCGUACCACACUUUGUGACGAGCCAUUGAGACUUGCAAUUCGUAACAAACAUUAUGACGUCGCCCGUCUUCUUCUAGAACACGGUGCCGAUCCGAACAAACGUUACUUCUUUGGUUCGGAAAUAAAUCUAGUUUCGGAUCCGGAAUAUUUGGAACUUUUAUUAAUGUUCGGAGCAAAUCCUGACUCCAGGGACAGAGCUGGUCUCACGCCACUGAUGAAGGCGGCUCGGCAGAGGAAGAGUAUAGAGUCAGUUCUGCUUUUGAUUAGUUAUGGAGCUGAUGUUAACGCAAUGGCGGACGCCAGAAAUGACUAUCGAACAGUAAUGCAUUAUGCUGUUUUGGGAGGUAGCACAGAAAUAGUAAAUCUCUUGAUCAAGCAAGGAGCUAAAGUCAACUACGAAAGCCCAGACUUGAACAAACCCAGUCCUCUCGAUCUGGCGAUAUUGAAAGGGGACAUUGAUAUGCUUCAGCUGUUGUUAUCUGCUGGUGCACAAGUAAACUCAUCAAGCUCUGUCAUCGGUACUCCCCUACACGUGGCCUGUUCGGACAAUAUAUCGAAUAGGAAUGAAAUCGUUAAGAUUCUUCUAGAACGUGGCGCUGAUCCGAACCUAAAGGUGUACAAUGAAGAUGAUGGUGCUCAGCUAAGACCGGCGCUGGCGGAGUACCUCGCCAGCAACUCGGAGCCCUGCGCCGCGACCGUAGCCCUACUGCUGCGAUAUGGAGCCAGGGUAAUUAUGAAAACUCAGUUUCGCGAUCCGGACGGUAUACUCAAUCACCUCCAGAACGUCACAUCUGAAGAAUACGAGCACAUCUUCUAUCUCCUUCUAGAAGCAGCAGAAUCUUUCGACUUGUGUAUGAUAAAAAGAAACAAUACACUGAAGCCCCAUCAGAAGGAAACCUUAAUUCAUAGAGCUAAGACUCCUAUUUCUUUGCUCGCACAAACAAGAAUAUUCUUACGUAGAUAUUUCGGUACAACACUUGUUAAUAUCGUUAAAAAACUUGAAAUACCUAUUAUUCUCCACACUUAUCUACUUUUUGAGUGUAAAUAAAUUAUUACAUGUACUUUAUGGGAUUAUUUUAUCUUGUGGCAGAAUGUUUGCUUUGCCAUAACUUUUAUGUGAAAUGUUGCCAGGUGGCAAAAUUUCCUAACGUUAGGGGAGAAUCGUAAAGGAUUAAAUUCCUUCUUAAAAGGAAUCCUUAGUAUUUUUAUGCAAUUUGUAAUUUUAAGAAAUUUUUUGAUAGAAUGAGUAGUAAGUUCUAGUGAAUAUCAAAAUAUAUAAUCAAAAUGUUAUAAAUAUCAUAUGGCUGGAACUGCCAAUUAAAAAUAAAAGAAAUAUACGAAUAAAUAUUUUUUAUGCGACUUAAUGAUAUUUGUCUUAUUCAUCUAUUAUAACUAUUGUAUCCUUUUUCAUUUAUUAGAACAAUAUUUAAUAUGCAUGUAAUUAAUAAGUGUUCUGAAUAUAAAUUUUAAAAAUUAAUAGUGUGACACGUGACUGGAGUUUGAUCCUUAAAAAUAAUACCCUGAAAUAUAAAAAUAAAAUUUGUAAAUGUGUGUAAAAGCAAGAGACUGCAAAAUGUCAGUUUCAU